AUGGCGGCGCCGGAAGCUCCAGUGAAGUACGUCGGAAUCCUUAAGGAGUCCGCAGCUUUCAAGCUUAUGAAAUCGAUGGGCUGGGAAGAAGGAGAAGGACUUGGUAAAGAUAAGCAAGGGAUCAAAGGUUAUGUGAGAGUGAAGAACAAACAAGAUACAACUGGUGUUGGUGUUGAUAAGCCGAAUCCAUGGGCAUUUGAUACAACUCAGUUCGAUAACAUUCUCAAGAAACUGAAAGUGCAAGCUGCACCGAUCACUAGCAGGAAUGAUGAUGAGAGUGAUUCAGAAAGUGAAGAUGAUGCUGCCAAAUCUGAGCCUCCCAAGCCUAAACCGGUCGCGAAAGUCACUCGUCCACAAGGAAGGUAUCAACGUAGAGAGAAAGGGAAGCGUGUCAAUUCAUACUCGUCUAAAGAUCUUGAAGGAAUAUUGGUUAAGAGAACCGAGGAACCUUCUCCUGAGGUUUGCGACAUAGCUGAGACUAUGGAGAUUGAAAUUAUAUCUGAGGACCAAGAUGAUAGUGCUAAAGAAGAGAAAAUAGAAGAACCGUCUGCAGACUGGUGGGGAUUUAAAUCUGGGUUUGUCUCUGGAGGUCUUCUUGGAGCCAAGUCUGGCAAAAAGAAAUCAUCUGAGGCUAAUGAGAGAAAAAUGUUUAGUGAGAACGAUCAAGAGAAUCUUUACAACAUGGUUCAGGAUAAAGCCACUGCUGGAAAACAAGGUCUGGGUAUCAAAGACAGACCAAAGAAAAUAGCUGGUGUUCGUUACGAAGGGAAGAAGACAGCUUUUGACAACAGUGAUGAUGAUGACGAAGAAGAAGAAGAAGAAGAGGAAGAGGAAGAGAGUGAAGACAACUCUGUUACUGUUGUCAAAACUUCUCUCCCAGCAAAAAGGAAGCACGAUGAAAUCGUUGAACCUAAAAUCAAGUUAAAGAACCUCUGCAAGCAGAUUCUUAAAAAGGAAGCUGGUAGUGGUGGAUCCAUGAAGCUGAAACAGCUUAAAUCUCUAAUUGAUGAAAAAGCACCGUCAGUUCUCUCAGAGUUCUCUUCAACCAAAGAGGCUAUUGCUUACUUGAAACUUAAGCUGGAGGGAAGUGGGAAGUUUGUUGUGGCGGGAAAGAAGAUCAGUCUCGUAUCAAGAAAGAAGUGA